CGCUCGCCCACGUAGCGCUCUCCGCGGUGCUGAACGCUGGUCACGCGGCGCGGCGCGCGCUCCCGUCGCUCCCGCUCUCCAGCCGCCUCUGUCUAUCUGUCUUUUUUGUUUUUUUGUUUUUUUUUUUUUUUCUUUUUUGUGCCGUGGGAUCCGCGGAAGAAAACGGACGGAGGGGAGCGAGCGGGGGGAUGGAGCGGGAUCCGGGGUCCGAGAGGCCGCUCUUGGCGGAGCUCAAGUGUUUGUGCCGGAGGAUCGAGGAGGCGAUUAAAGAGCUGAAGGAGGAUCUGACGCCAUGGAGGGACGAGCGCUUCUACAGGCUCGCCCCGAUGCGCCUCUACACGCUCUCCAAGCGACACUUUGUGCUCGUGUUCGUGGUUUUCUUCGUCUGCUUCGGUCUCACCGUCUUCAUCGGCAUCGCAGGUCCUAAUGUGAUUGAUGAGCGCAAGGCCACAAGUUUCUCUACCAACAGCUCCCAAAAGACGGGCCCCUUCAACUUGGCGUCUCCGUCCUUGUCCACCUACAACCAGCAGCUGUGGCUCACCUGUCAGAUCGAGCUGGACCAGACGCACGGUGUGGACUUCACUCAGCAUGUGGAGAUCAUCGUGGACCUGAAGGGUGUGAUGCAGGAUGCCAGCGUGACCCCCAUCAGUCCCAGGGUGCACCAGCGGUCCCGCACCCUGCACUGUAGAGAUACGUGUGACGAGAUCAUCGUGGUGCACCUGGGCUAUCUGAACUACACGCAGUACCAGAUCAAAGUGACCUUCGAAGGCCUGCAGAACCUGACAUUCAGCGUGCGGGAUGUGACCUUCAUGUGGAAGCUCUACAACCCCUCGUUCUCCCAGGUGGAGAUCUGGUUUCGCUUCGUUUUUGUCGUCCUGACCUUCAUGGUCACGUGCGUGUUUGCCCACUCGCUGCGGAAGUUCUCCAUGCGGGACUGGGGCAUCGAGCAGAAGUGGAUGUCGAUUCUUCUGCCGUUGCUGCUUCUCUACAACGACCCCUUCUUCCCGCUGUCCUUCCUGGUCAACAGCUGGUUCCCCGGCACCCUGGACACGCUGUUCCAGGCCAUGUUUCUGUGCGCGCUGCUGCUGUUUUGGCUCUGCGUCUACCAUGGUAUCCGCGUUCAGGGGGAGAGGAAAUGCCUCACCUUCUAUCUGCCCAAGCUGCUCAUCGUGGGGCUGCUGUGGCUCUCUGCCAUCACCCUGGGGAUCUGGCAAACGGUCAACGAACUGCACGACCCCACAUACCAGUACAAGGUGGAUAUCAGAAACUUCCAGGGUAUGAAGAUCUUCUUUGUGAUGGUGGUGUGCGUCUACGUCCUCUACCUGAUCUUCCUCAUUGUGAGAGCCUGCUCGGAGCUCAAGAACAUGCCGUACAGCGAUCUUCGACUCAAGUUUCUCACUGGACUUACCUUCAUCGUGCUGAUAAUCAGCGUCGUCAUCCUCUACCUGCGCUUUGGUGCCAAGCUGCUGCAAGACAACUUUGUCGCGGCUCUUUCUACACACUACAAGAACUCUGCUGAAUUUCUGUCUUUCUACGGCUUACUCAACUUCUACCUGUACACUUUAGCUUUUGUGUACUCGCCAUCAAAGAAUGCGCUCUACGACUCGCAGCUAAAAGACAAUCCUGCUUUCUCCAUGCUGAACGACUCAGAAGAUGAAGUUAUUUACGGGAGCGAUUAUGAGGAGAUGCCCCUGCAGAACGGACGUGCCAUCAAAGCCACGGCAAAGUACCAGGACGAGAGUGACAGCGACUGAUUGGCCAUCAUGUUCUGAAGUUUUAACCAUUGUGAUUUUUGACGUUCCAUGAGCUUCGUCAACACACUUCCUGUGCAGGGUUUGCUGCUCCAAGAGGUACUCACUUGUUUUUCAUGAUCCCAUCCACAGUGCUGCUUUACACUCCAGCUUUCAGUUCCCGUUUGGCUCAGAACCGGUGUACAAAAAUUGUUUACUGCAUUUUACAUUUUUUCCCAAGGCCUGAGGAAACAGAAAAAUUACUUUUAAAUCACAUUCUGCAAGUCACUUUAAGUGCCAUGUUUUUGUUUUUCUUUUGUGAAAAAAUAUGGAUAUCUUCUCUGAAGUGUGUUGCUCUUCCCAACAGAAUUUCGUAUGUAGUUAAACCGAUUAUUAGUGGUCUUCAUUUCAAUAUUUUAAGUAUUGAAAAUGUUAUGUGUUACCUGUGGCAGCUUCUAGGUUCAUAGGAGAAACGUUUGCUUUCCAACGUCAACAUCUCCCUGGCACCUUGUAAACGGGGAUUCUCAGCUGGUGAAACCCUGUCCACUCACUUCCACAUUUGAAAAAAGGGAAUUCUGAUGCCUCCUGAUUUUGUAAAACUCCAACCUGCAAUAUCUUGAAGACAAUUUGACUUUGAUGUUAAAUGUUUUCAUCAAAUAUUCUUUAUUCCGUACAGAUCUGCCAAUUUUGGUUUUCCUCUGAAAUUUCAUUUUUCUAAGUGUACUUUAGCAUUUUGAUAUGUUAAUACUCAAGAAUGCAUACGAAACAAUUUAACAUGACCCUAAAUUACAAAAAUCUGUAUAAUUAACAGGAUUUUAUCAGUGUACCUGAAUGCAUAUUUUUACUUGACUAAGAUGCUAUUAGUACAAAUAAGCCACAAAUGUUACUCAGCUAAAGAUGAUUCACCCCCCCCCCAACUUUUCUUUCUUACUGUUAGAUAAAAUGCCAAGAUAAUAUUGGAUAAAGGGGAGAACUAAGACUGAGAUUUGAGUUCUACAUACAUUUUUUUUUUAACUCCAGUUUGAGGGGUUGCAUAAACAGUAGGACUGAUUUGAAAAAUGUUGUGCCUUGCUUUAAAUAAUGUAAAUAACACCUCUGCAUUACUAAUGUCCUACAACUUGUGUACAUAAUUUGGUAUUGAGUGUUCUGUUUCAUGGAAACUGUGCAAAGUAUCUACUGUAAAAAAGGUUAAGGUUUCAUUGCAGUUCAGACUUAAUAAAAUGUUUGACGAACAUGGGAAUGCUGUUUGCAGUAUAUAUUAAAAGUUAUACUGUGUACAUAGCCAACUGUCAUCACUUUGUAGAUUGGAAAAAUGACAAAUGUCCAUAAAG